AGCAAGCGCUGAAGCAGGCUUGUCCUUCAUGCGAUACCACUCAGCUUUGCAACUGCUCUUCCAUGGGCUUGGACUUCAUUCCCCCGGGAAUCACAGGCCAAAUCACAGUGUUAAACCUGGCCCACAACAGGAUAAAGCACAUCCGA